UUUUCCUCGUUUCAAGCAAAGGUAUUCCUUCAUUGUACCACCUGUUAAUGAUCUUUAUGCCAUACUGGAUAGUUUGAAGGUUAGUGAUACAGUUAUGCUGAUAUGGCCAGGAGAUGAGGAGCUUGGAGAUGCUGGUGAAUUGCUCCUCUCAUGUAUCUUGGCACAAGGUUUACCUUCAGUGGUCCAUGUUUUAUCAUCUCUUGAAGAACUCUCUCAGAAGGAUCCAACCUCCAGUCAAGAUGAACCUAUGGAUGCUGAAGGUCUUUGGAAAGAACUGAACAAUCGUUUAGUUCUAGGACAACAGUCACCUCAUAAAAGAGCUUGUAAGAGGCAGCGUGCUAAACAAAAUAUUUUAAAGGAAAUUGAGAUCAGAUUCCCUGGCCCCGUCAGAAUACAUUCAUUAGAGCGAGACCAAGAUGCCAUGCUUGUUUUGCGUCAGAUUGGAGCCCAAAAGCAACGUCCAAUAUUUUUCCGGGAUAAUCGUGUGCACAUCAUGGCAGAAAAAGUGGAAUUUGUUGGGGAGGGCUCAUCUGGGAUCUUGAAGGUACAUGGUUAUGUGCGAGGAACUCCUCUGUCUGCAAACAGUCUCGUACACAUCCCUGGAUGGGGUGAUUAUCAGAUGAGCCGGAUAGAUUUGACAGGCGAUCCUCAUCCACUGGAACUUGGUAAAGGUACCAAAGCCGUGGAUGAAUGUGAGACUCAUAUUUUUGAAGAAGCUGACCCAGAUCUGCAAGAAUCCCUUGUUUCCACAAAUGAGGUUGAUCCAAUGGAGGGUGAACAAACAUGGCCAACUGAGGAAGAACUCAAAGAGGCAGAGAACCAAAUGAAGGGAAGCACUCGCAAAAAACUUGUGCCAAAAGGGACAUCAGCUUACCAGGCAGCUUGGAUUCUUGAUGAGGAUGAUGAUGGUGACAAUGAUGAAGAUAAAAUUGGUGAUGAAGGAAGCUGUACAGAGGAUGAAGAAGAGAACACAAAGGAAGACUACAUGGUCCCUGUAGAUGUUGCUUCUCAGGAUGGGAAUGAAUAUGAUAAUGAUGAUGAUGAUGAUGAUGAGGAAUUUGAAACUAUGACUAUGACUGAUGCUGGAGACUGUAAUUAUGAUGAGAAAGUGGACUAUAAAGCAGAACAAGAUGCUUUUGAAAAGAUGCAAGCUGUGAAAGAUGAUAUGAACUUUCCUGAUGAGAUAGACACACCAAUGGACACUCCUGCUAGAGUACGUUUUCAAAAAUUCCGUGGUCUUCAGAGCUUUAGAACCUCCACUUGGGAUUACAAUGAAAAUCUCCCAGUAGACUAUUCAAGGAUAUUUCAAUUUAGAAAUUUUACACAUACCAAGAAGAGAAUUUUAAAAGAAGAGAAAGAAGGUGCUCUUCCGGGAUGGUAUGUUGUAGUUCAUAUCAAGGAUGUACCUCGUCAUCUUUAUGAUAGCCAAGUUACUAUUCAGUCACCACUAGUUGUUUUUGGCCUUCUUCCCCAUGAACAGAAAAUGUCUGUUGUAAAUCUUGUGAUCAAAUCACACGCUAGUGGACAUUAUCGAGCCAUCAAGGCCAAAGAAAGGUUGAUAUUUCACCUCGGCUUCAGAAGAUUUGCUAAUCAACCUGUAUUCAGUGAACAUACCACUGGAAAUAAACACAAGUUUGCCAGAUUUUUCCAUCCUGGUACAACAGUUGUUGCUACAAUGUUUGCACCCAUAACUUUUCCUCCACUGUCAGUGUUAGUGUUCCGGGAGCGGCCUGAUGGGGCUCAGGACUUAGUUGCUACUGGAUCCUUGUUGAGUGUUGAUCCCAAGAGGAUGGUAAUCAAAAGAGUAGUGCUUAGUGGCCACCCAUUUAAGGUUAAUCGUAAAACUGCAGUGGUACGCUUCAUGUUCUUCAAUAGAGAGGAUGUUUUGUGGUUUAAACCUGUAGAACUCCGCACAAAAUGGGGUCGAAGAGGACAUAUCAAAGAGCCAUUAGGUACGCAUGGUCACAUGAAAUGUCAUUUUGAUGGAAAAUUGAAAUCCCAAGAUACUGUACUUCUCAACUUAUACAAACGAAUGUUUCCUAAGUGGACCUUUGAUCCAUAUGUUCCACGACCUCCACCUCUAUAUACCUUCCACUCUUCUGGGAAUGUAGAUGACCAGUCAAGUGAUGAAGACUCCAAUGUUGAUUCUUUGCCUAAGAAAAGAGCAAAAAUUGUAAAUUUUUUGUCUUGAUCAUAUUUUCCCUUUCUAAUACGUACUAAGUUUUUAAAAAGAAAACUUUUCAACUUUUAUCUAAUGGUCCUAAAGAGUAUGAGAGACUAUAAAACAUAAAGUACAGGUACACCACCACUUCAUACAGGCUAUGUAUAUACAUAUUAUUUAUAUAAUGAUUCUAAUUUCAUUUGUUGCUGUUGUCCUAAAUUAGUGAGUUUUAAGAAUAAAGUUUUGAUAGUGA